CGCAGGUUUUUGCAACAUGAAUCCUUUACUUCUCCUGAUUGUUUGCUUGGGAAUAAGCUCAGCUUCUCCAAAAUUUGAUCAGACUUUAGAUGCACAAUGGUCCCAGUGGAAGUCAACUCAUAGGAGACUCUAUGGCAUGAGUGAAGAAGGAUGGAGAAGAGCAGUGUGGGAGAAAAAUACGAAAAUGAUUGAACUGCACAAUCGGGAAUACAGCCUAGGGAAUCAUGGCUUCACAAUGGCCAUGAAUUCCUUUGGUGAUAUGACCAAUGAAGAAUUCAAGCAGGUGAUGAAUGACUUUCAAAAGGAGAAACAAAAGAAGAUGGGGAAAAUGUUCCAAUCACCUUUCUUGCUUGAAGUCCCCAAAUCUGUGGACUGGAAAAAGAAAGGCUCUGUAACUCCUAUAAAGAAUCAGGGCCAGUGUGGUUCUUGUUGGGCCUUUAGUGCAACUGGUUCCCUUGAAGGACAGAUGUUUGGAAAACUUGUUUCAUUGAGUGAACAGAAUCUGGUGGACUGUUCACGGUCGCAAGGCAAUGAAGGCUGCAAUGGUGGUCUAAUGGAUUAUGCCUUCCAGUAUAUUAAGGACAAUGGAGGGCUGGACUCAGAAGUUGCAAAGGACUCAGAUACUUGUAAAUACAAGCCUGAGUUUUCUGCUGCCAAUGACACUGGCUAUGUGGAUAUCCCAAAUCGGGAGAAGACACUUAUGAAGGCAGUGGCUACUGUGGGGCCUAUCUCUGUUGCUAUUGAUGCAAGCCAUUCGUCCUUCCAGUUCUAUAAAUCAGAUAUUUAUUAUGAACCAAGUUGCAGCAGCGAAGACCUGGAUCAUGGUGUUCUGGUGGUUGGCUAUGGCUUUGAAGGAACAGAUUCUAAUAACAAUAAAUUUUGGAUUGUCAAGAACAGUAGGGGUACAGAAUGGGGUGAUAAUGGCUAUGUAAAAAUGACCAAAGAUAAAAACAACCACUGUGGAAUUGCUUCAGCAGCCAGCUAUCCCACUGUGUGAGCUGAUGGAUGGUGAUAAUAGAGGACUUGAGCCC